AUGAUUAUCCAUUUAUUACCCUCCAGGAUUUCUCCUCCAUCCAUUUACAUCCAGUUCUUCAUACAAGAUGAUCAUGUAUCUCUACCAGUUGCUCUCCUUGUAACUUCAAGCAAUGAUUGUCCAUUUUAUUACCCGUUGAUUCCUCCAUCCAUCCAUUCUUCAAGUUCUUCAUUCUCUCCAAGAAACUUCAUCUUCUGCUCUCUUUGUCCAUCCAAUGAUUGUCUAUUUAUCCCUUUCUCUCCAUCCAUCCAUUUAUCUCUUCAUCUCCAUCCAUUCCUGUAUCUCUAUCCCUUUCUCUCCAUCCAUUCCCUGAUUGUCCAUUUAUUACCAUCCAUUUUCUUUUCCAUCCAUUUACUUUCUCUCCAUCCAUUCCUCUUCCAUUUAUUCUCCAUCCAUUCCUCUUCUCCAUCCAUCCAUUCCUCUUUGAUCUCCUUGAAACUUUAUCAUCCAUUCCAUUCCAUAUCUCUCUCCAUUUACCAUCCAUUCUUCGCCAAGAUGAUCAUAUCUCUUUUUUCUCCAUCCAUUCCUCUUUAUCCAUUUAUCCCCAUCCAUUUCCUCUCCAUCCAUUUACUCCAUCCAUUCCUGCAAGAUGAUCCUUUCUCUCUACCAUUCCUCUUUAUCCGUUUCUUCCAUCCAUUCCAUUUAUUACCCGUACCAGGAUUUCUCAUCCAUUUACACAAGUUCUUAUUCUUUCUCUCCAUCCAUUCCUUCUUUAUCCCUUUUAUUACCCGUCAGUCCAUCCAUUUUAUCACAAGUUCUUCAUGCAUCCAUUCAUGUAUCUCUAUCAUUUCUCCAUCCAUUCCUUUUCAUCCCUUUCUCUCCAUCCAUUCCAAGUUCUUUAUCAAGAUUCUCUCCAUCUCAUUCCCAUUUAUCCCCGUACCAGCUUUCUCCUCCAUCCAUUUUACUAUUUAUCCAAGAUCUGGAUCUCCAUCCAUUCCUCUUUAUUUAUUCCCCCGUCUCUCCAUCCAUUUACUUCUUCAUUAUCAUGGAUCUUUCUCUCCAUCCAUUCCUCUUAUUAAACAGUUUUCUCCUCUUUCUCCAUCCAUUCCUCUUUUCAUAUCCCUUUCUCUCUUAUCUCCUCCAUCCAUUCCUUUUUAUCCAGGGUUUCUCUCCAUCCAUUCCUCUUCAUAUCCUUUCUCUCCAUCCAUUCCUAUUUAUCUCUUUUUCCCAUCCAUUCCCUUCUUUAUCUCUUUCUUCCAUCCAUUCCUUGUCUUUAUCUCUUUCUCUCCAUCCAUUCCUCUUUAUCUCUUUCUCUCCAUCCAUUCCUCUUUAUCCCUUUCUCUCCAUCCAUUCCUCUUUAUCCCUUUCUCUCCAUCCAUUCCUCUUUAUCCGUUUCUCUCCAUCCAUUCCUCUUUAUCCGUUUCUCUCCAUCCAUUCCUCUUUAUCCGUUUCUCUCCAUCCAUUUAUCUUUAUUCCUUUCUCCUCCAUCCAUUCCUCUUUCCCUUUCUCUCCAUCCAUUCCUUUUUAUUUCUUCCUCUUUAUCUCUUUUCUCUCCCAUCCAUUCCUCUUUAUCUCUUUCUCUCCAUCCAUUCCUCUUUAUCUCUUUCUCUCCAUCCAUUCCUCUUUAUCCCUUUCUCUCCAUCCAUUCCCUUUUAUCCCUUUUUCUCCAUCCAUUUUACCUUUUUCAUUCUCUAUUUUUCUCUCCAUCCAUUCCUUUAUCUCUUUCUCCUCCAUCCAUUCCUCUUUAUCUCUUUCUCUCCAUCCAUUCCUCUUUAUCCCUUUCUCUCCAUCCAUUCCUCUUUAUCCAUUUCUUACCCAUCCAUUCCUCUUUUUACCUUUUCUCUCCAUCCAUUCCUUUUUUAUCCUUUUCUCUCAUCCAUUCCUCUUUAUUACCCUUUUCUCUCCAUCCAUUUACCUCUUUUCAUCUCAUUUCUCUCCAUCCAUUCCUUGAAACUUUAUCUCUUUUCUCCAUCCAUUCCUUUUAUCUCUCCCUUUCUCUCCAUCCAUUUAUCUCUUUAUCUCCAUUUCUUUAUCUCCAUCCAUUCCUCUUUAUCCCUUUCUCUCCAUCCAUUCCUCUUUAUCUCUUUCUCUCCAUCCAUUCCUUUCUAUCCCUUUCUCUCCAUCCAUUCCUCUUCUCUCCCAUUUUCUCUCCAUCCAUUCCUCUUUAUCCCUUUCUCUCCAUCCAUUCCUCUUUAUCUCUUUCUCUCCAUCCAUUCCUCUCUAUCCGUUUCUCUCCAUCCAUUCCUCUUUAUCUCUUUCUCUCCAUCCAUUCCUCUUUAUCCCUUUCUCUCCAUCCAUUCCUAUUUAUCUCUUUCUCUCCAUCCAUUCCUAUUUAUCUCUUUCUCUCCAUCCAUUCCUCUUUAUCCCUUUCUCUCCAUCCAUUCCUCUUUAUCCGUUUCUCUCCAUCCAUUCCUCUUUAUCCCUUUCUCCAUCCAUUCCCAUUCUUUAUCUCUUCUCUCCAUUUUCCUCCAUCCAUUCCUCCAUCCAUUCCUCUUUCUUUCUCUCCAUCCAUUCCUCUUUAUCCCUUUCUCUCCAUCCAUUCCUAUUUAUCCCUUUCUCCAUCCAUUCCUCUUUAUCUCUUUCUCUCCAUCCAUUCCUCUUUAUCUCUUUCUCUCCAUCCAUUCCUCUUUAUCCGUCUUUCCAUCCAUUCCUCUUUAUCCGUUUCUCUCCAUCCAUUCCUAUUUAUCUCUUUCUCUCCAUCCAUUCCUCUUUAUCUCUUUCUCUCCAUCCAUUCUUCUUUAUCCUUUUCUUUUCCAUCCAUUCCUAUUUAUCUCUUUCUUUUCUCCAUCCAUUCCUCUUUAUCUCUUUCUUUCCAUCCAUUCCUCUUUAUCUCUUUCUCUCCAUCCAUUCCUUUUUAUCCCUUUUCUCCAUCCAUUCCUAUUUAUCUCUUUCUCUCAUCCAUUCCAUCCAUUCCCCUCUUUAUCUCUUUCUCUCCAUCCAUUCCUCUUUAUCCCUUUCUCUCCAUCCAUUUUAUUUAUCUCUUUCCAUUCCAUCCCUUCUUUUCUUUUAUCCAUUUCUCUCCAUCCAUUCCUCCAUUCUCUUUCUCUCCAUCCAUUCCUAUUUAUCUUUUCUCCAUCCAUUCCUCUUUUCUCUUUUUCCAUCCAUUCCAUCUUUAUCCCUUUUCUCUCCAUCCAUUCCUUUAUUAUCUCUUUCUCUCCAUCCAUUCCUCUUUAUCCCUUUCCAUCCAUCCAUUCCUUUUUGUCCAUCUUUCUCUCCAUCCAUUCCUCUUUAUCUCUUUCUCUUCAUCCAUUCCUCUUUAUCUCUUUCUCUCCAUCCAUUCCUUUUAUCUCUUUCUCCCAUCCAUUCCUCUUUCUUUAUCCAUUUUUUAUCUCUCCAUCCAUUCCUCUUUAUCUCUUUCUCUCCAUCCAUUCCUUUUUAUCUCUUUCUCUCCAUCCAUUCCUUUUUAUCUCUUUCUCUCCAUCCAUUUCUCUUUAUCCUUUCUCCAUCCAUUCCUAUUUAUCUCUUUCUCCCAUCCAUUCCUUAUUUAUCCCUUUCUCUCCAUCCAUUCCUCUUUUCCAUCUUUCUCUCCAUCCAUUCCUUUUUAUCUCUUUUUCUCCAUCCAUUCCCUUUAUCUCUUUCUCUCCAUCCAUUCCUUGUUUAUCUCUUUCUCUCCAUCCAUUCCUAUUUAUCUCUUUCUCUCCAUCCAUUCCCUUUCUCUUUAUCCAUUCUCUCCAUCCAUUCCUAUUUAUCUCUUUCUCCAUCCAUUCCUCUUUAUCUUUUCUCUCCAUCCAUUCCUAUUUAUUCUUUCUCCAUCCAUUCCUUUUAUCCGUUUCUCUCCAUCCAUUCCUAUUUAUCUCUUUCUCUCCAUCCAUUCCUUUUAUUUUUUCUCCAUCCAUUCCCUUUUAUCUCUUUCUCUCCAUCCAUUCCUCUUUAUCCCUUUCUUUCCAUCCAUUCCUAUUUCCUCUUUCUCCUUUCUCCAUCCAUUCCUCUUUAUCCUUCUUUCUCUCCAUCCAUUCCUCAUUAUCUCCAUCCAUUCCUCCAUCCUUUUCCCAUCCAUUCCUAUUUAUCUUUCUCUCCAUCCAUUCCUUUUUAUCUCUUUCUCUCCAUCCAUUCCUCUUAUUUUCUAUUUUUCCCGUUUUUCUCUCCAUCCAUUCCUCUUUAUCCGUUUUCUCUCCAUCCAUUUAUCCUUUCUUCCAUCCAUUCUAUUUAUCUCUUUCUCUCCAUCCAUUCCUCUUUAUCCGUUUCUCUCCAUCCAUUCCUCUUUAUCUCUUUCUCUCCAUCCAUUCCUCUUUAUCUCUUUCUCUCCAUCCAUUCCUCUUUAUCCCUUUCUCUCCAUCCAUUCCUCUUUAUCCGUUUCUCUCCAUCCAUUCCUCUUUAUCCCUUUCUCUCCAUCCAUUCCUCUUUAUCCCUUUCUCUCCAUCCAUUCCUCUUUAUCCCUUUCUCUCCAUCCAUUCCUAUUUAUCUCUUUCUCUCCAUCCAUUCCUCUUUAUCCCUUUCUCUCCAUCCAUUCCUCUUUAUCUCUUUUCUCUCCAUCCAUUCCUCUUUAUCCGUUUCUCUCCAUCCAUUCCUCUUUAUCUCUUUCUCUCCAUCCAUUCCUAUUUAUCUCUUUCUCUCCAUCCAUUCCUCUUUAUCUCUUUCUCUCCAUCCAUUCCUCUUUAUCUCUUUCUCUCCAUCCAUUCCUCUUUAUCUCUUUCUCUCCAUCCAUUCCUCUUUAUCUCUUUCUCUCCAUCCAUUCCUCUUUAUCUCUUUUCUCCAUUCCAUUAUCAUUUCUCCAUCCAUCUUUCUUUAUCUCUUUCUCUCCAUCCAUUCCUCUUUAUCCCUUUCUCUCCAUCCAUUCCUAUUUAUCUCUUUCUCUCCAUCCAUUCCUAUUUAUCUCUUUCUCCCCAUCCAUUCCUAUUUAUCUCUUUCUCUCCAUCCAUUCCUCUUUAUCCCUUUCUCUCCAUCCAUUCCUUUUUUUCCAUCCCUUUCUCUUUCAUCCAUCCACUUUAUUUAUCCAUUUCUCUCCAUCCAUUCCUAUUUAUCUUUUUCUCUCCAUCCAUUCCUCUUUAUCCGUUUUCUCCAUCCAUUCCUCUUUCCUCUUUCCAUCCAUUCCUUUUAUCUCUUUCUCCAUCCAUUCCUCUUUAUCUCUUUCUCUCCAUCCAUUUAUCCUUUUUCCAUUCUCUUUAUCCGCUUUCUCAUCCAUUCCUUUUUAUCUCUUUCUCUCCAUCCAUUCCUUUCUUUAUCUCUUUCUCUCCAUCCAUUCCUAUUUAUCUCUUUCUCCAUCCAUCCCCUCUUUAUCCAUCCAUUCUCUUUCAUCCAUUCCUUUUAUCUCUUUCUCUCCAUCCAUUCCUUUUAUCUCUUUCUAUCCAUUUUUUCUCCAUCCAUUCAUUCCUCUCAUCCGUUUCUCUCCAUCCAUUCCUCUCUAUCCUUUCUCUCCAUCCAUUCCUCUCUAUCCGUUUCUCUCCAUCCAUUCCUCUCUAUCCGUUUCUCUCCAUCCAUUCCUCUUUAUCCCUUUCUCUCCAUCCAUUCCUAUUUAUCUCUUUCUCUCCAUCCAUUCCUCUCUAUCCCUUUCUCUCCAUCCGUUCCUGUUUUCUGCGUAGCUCUUUUUCAGUUGAUUUGUGCAAGGAGCCUGGGCUCAUUCUCUCUCUUGCAUUUGCCCCUCUUUUCCUCUCAUUUUCCCCCUUCCUCUCUCUCAUUUUCUCUCCCUCUCAUUUUCCCCCUUCCUCUCUCUCAUUUUCUCUCCCUCUCCGGUUUUCUCGUCUAGAUCACUCCCUCUCCGGUUUGGUCGUCUGCAUCUCUCCCUCUCCGUUUUGGUCGUCUACAUCUCCCUCUCCGAAUUUUAAAUCGUCUAAAAUCUCUCCCUCUCCGGUUUUGUCGUCUAUCAUCUCUCCCUCUCGGUUUUAUCGUCUCCUCUCUCCCUCUCCGGUUUGGUCGUCUACAUCUCUUCCUUUUCUCCAGUUUUAUCGUCAUCUCUCCCUCUCCGGUUUGGUCGUCUACAUCUCUCCCUCUCCGGUUUGGUCGUCUACAUCUCUCCCUCUCCGGUUUUAUCGUCUACAUCUCUCCCUCUCCGGUUUUGUCGUCUACAUCUCUCCCUCUCCGGUUUUAUCGUCUACAUCUCUCCCUCUCCGGUUUGUUCGUCUACAUCUCUCUCUCUCUCCGGUUUGUUCGUCUACAUCUCUCUCUCUCUCCGGUUUGUUCGUCUACAUCUCUCUUUCUCUCCGGUUUGUUCGUCUAACACUCUCUCUCUCCGGUUUGUUCGUCUACAUCUCUCUCUCUCUCCGGUUUGUUCGUCUACAUCUCUCUCUCUCUCCGGUUUGUUCGUCUACAUCUCUCUCUCUCUCCGGUUUGUUCGUCUACAUCUCUCUCUCUCUCCGGUUUGUUCGUCUACAUCUCUCCCUCUCUGGUUUUCUCGACUUUUUAUUGGAAUGA